UACGGUGGGGACGGGUUGCCUGGAGACGGCGGAAACGUCUUGUUGAAGCAACGAUGGAAAAGUAUGAGAAAAUCAAAGUAGUUGGAAGGGGAGCAUUUGGGAUUGUUCACCUAUGCCGUAGGCGGAGUGAUGGAGCUUUUGUCAUCCUAAAGGAGAUUCCAGUGGAGCAGAUGUCUCGAGACGAACGCCUGGCAGCUCAGAAUGAGUGUCAGGUGCUGAAGCUGCUCAACCACCCAAAUAUCAUUGAGUACUAUGAGAACUUCCUUGAAGACAAAGCCCUUAUGAUAGCCAUGGAGUAUGCACCAGGUGGGACAUUGGCUGAUUACAUACAGAAGCGCUGUAACUCCCUGCUAGAUGAGGACACCAUCCUUCAUUUCUUUGUGCAGAUCUUGCUUGCCUUGUACCAUGUGCACAACAAACUCAUCUUGCACAGGGACCUCAAGACACAGAAUAUCCUUCUUGACAAGCACCAAAUGAUCGUUAAAAUUGGUGACUUUGGCAUCUCCAAAAUCCUUGUCAGCAAAAGCAAAGCCUACACAGUGGUUGGGACACCGUGUUAUAUCUCUCCAGAGCUGUGUGAAGGAAAGCCUUAUAAUCAGAAGAGCGAUAUCUGGGCCCUGGGUUGUGUGCUGUAUGAGCUUGCUAGCCUUAAGAGAGCCUUCGAAGCUGCUAAUCUACCUGCACUCGUUCUGAAGAUCAUGAGUGGUACCUUUGCUCCAAUUUCAGACCGGUACAGCCCAGAACUCCGGCAGCUUAUUCUUAACAUGCUAAAUCUGGAUCCAUCAAAACGGCCUCAACUCAAUGAAAUAAUGGCUCUUCCCGUAUGCAUUCGACCACUUCUUAAUCUCUACACAGAUAUAGGCAAUGUAAAAAUGCGCCGGAUUGAGAAACCACUGUCCACUGUCCAAACUGGUCCUCAAGGCAGACCAGGAGGGAGAGUAACUACUAGCAGGUCAAGAGAUGGAACAGCAGCUUUAGGGACAGGUAAAGUGCAUUCCCUCCCACUGUCCUCUGUGUAUACUUGGGGUAGUGGCAUCUCAAUGCCCCUCCGUCUACCAAUGCUCAACACUGAGGUGCUUCAGGUGUCUUUGGGUCGCACUCAGAAGAUGGGGGUAACCAAGUCAGGCCGUCUUAUUACCUGGGAGGCACCAUCAGUCACCUCUGGUGAUGCUACUCUACCUGGUGUGGUUGAGCAGAUGCAGCCUCAGUUCAUUUCACGGUUUCUUGAGGGUCAGUCUGGAGUUACCAUCAAGUCUGUGUCCUGUGGUGAUCUCUUUACCACCUGCAUGACAGACAGAGGCAUUAUCAUGACUUUUGGAAGUGGAAGCAAUGGAUGUCUAGGACAUGGGAAUUUCAAUGAUGUCACACAGCCAAAGAUAGUGGAAGCACUUCUUGGCUAUGAGCUGAUUCAGGUGUCAUGUGGAGCCUCCCAUGUGCUUGCUGUGACCAAUGAAAGAGAAGUAUUUGCCUGGGGAAGAGGAGACAAUGGUCGUCUUGGGUUGGGCACCCAAGAUACCCACAAUUCUCCACAGCAGGUGUGUUUACCUGUGGAAUUUGAGGCCCAGAGGGUGGUGUGUGGAGUUGACUGCUCCAUGAUUAUCAGCACUCAACACAACAUAGUGGCAUGUGGAAGCAACAGGUCCAACAAACUUGGCCUCGAUAAGAUAACAGUAGGAGAGGAACCAAAUCCAUCCAGUCAGGUAGAAGAAGUGCAUUCUUACACUCCUGUCCAAUCAGCCCCUCUCAACAGUGAGAAGAUUGUUUACAUUGACAUUGGAACGGCUCAUUCUGUUGCUGUAACAGAGAGAGGUCAGUGUUUUACAUUUGGCAGUAAUCAGCAUGGUCAGAAGGGCUGUAGCUCUCGUCGUAGCAGUCGUAUGCCCUACCUGGUGCCUGGUCUACAAGGUAUUGCCAUGGCUGCCUGUGGAGAUGCUUUUACCUUAGCUAUUGGAUCUGAAGGGGAGGUGUACACCUGGGGAAAGGGGGCCCGUGGCCGCCUUGGAAGGAAAGAGGAGGAUUCUGGGAUACCGAAGGCGGUGCAACUUGAUGAGAGUCACCCAUUCACAGUGACAUCAGUGGCUUGUUGUCAUGGCAACACUCUCCUGGCAGUGAAACCUUUGCUUGAGGAACCUGUCCCAAGAUGAUUUUGUCCUGGAAAGUGAUUGAAGCCAACUCAGAGGUUGUCAUGAAGCAUGGCGGUGGCAUGAGGUGAAAGACAGCUUCCUCUGAAUAACUCCAUCUGCGCAUUCUAUUUUAUUCUACAGUUGUGACCUCUAAAUUCCACGAGCUCUUUUUUUUUUUGUAUCCUGGAAAGAAAUUAUAUUGCCUCAAAGUACUGAACCUGUUUGUUAGAACAGGUGUAACUCACGAACCGGUUAGAUGUUGUAACACUUUGGGUGAAGCUGAUUUACAGGAAGUCAUUAGGCAACUUUCAUGUGGUGCGCUAUUGUCUGCUUUCACGUGAACUGUGAGCAUGAUAAGCCCUGUAAGGCUAGUAAAAGUCAAACUGGUUUGAGCUUUCUUAAGCUGAAGGUGAAUAAGGUGAUACAAAGUUUAGAAAUGUAAAGAAUGAAAGCGACUUGAGUGAUUUGUUACUCAUCAGUUAAAUGAACCAAACACCUUAAUCUGGAUUGUAUUGUCAGUGGUCACAUUGUUGUUUAUUGGAUUAGUUCACCAAUAGAUUUGUAACUCAUCAGCAGUGUUCAUACCAGAUAACGAUGAGAUCUUAAGUGUUUAGGUGGUGAGGCGUUAUUGUGGUAAACACAAUGUUGGUUUAGUGUUAUAACUCUGCAAAAUGUGCAGUUUACUUUAAAAGACAUAUACGUAGCUAUUUGCAUGAUAAAUUAUCUUAACAUAUAUUGUUAAAAAACAAACAGAAUAGGAUGUGUUUUGAAAGUAUUUUUAUGACUCUUUCUGACUUAUUUCAGCCUCAUCGGUCUAGCUAAUCACUGAACAUCUGAAAUUAAAUGUAAACUCCUUAAAGUAUAAGACAUAUAAGGAGUCUUGUGGUUAACUAUGCUGAAGAAGAAACAAAAGAUCUGUUCAAUCUCAGCAGUACUCCAACUGCUGUUAAAAUAAUAUGUUAAUUCACCAGACAGACAACAUAAGGAUGUUACUGAUGUCUAAUGGAUGUCCAAAGGGGUGAAAUUAGAUGUCACAAUGGUUGUAUUAUGACAGUAUGAUUAUGGUUCAGUGUCACAGAGCCUCAUCAUAAAAUACCCUUCCUUUUAACUUUAUUAGUGUUUUUUAAUGAAAUACACAAUUUUUUGCAUUUCUUUCGAUAUCAGUGAUUGAAUAAAUGGAUUAUUUUACGAAUUGUA